AACUUCGAAUUCAAAGCAGUCGAUGUAAAUGUCAGUAGCUCAGUAUAGUGAAUAACAAACACGUGUUGUCAAUUGUCUCUAUCCUUCGAUUUUUGAUAAUAUUUAAUUUACGCCAAACACUAAAAAGGAACAAAUUUAAGACCAUGCCGAAAAACAAGCGCACCAAAAAGUUUGCCACAAUGAAACGAAUGAUAUCGGCAAAUGACCCCAGAAUAAAACCAAAAGACAGGCUUUCAAAGCCAAAAGAGAAAAAAAUUGAUCCCCAUGAAUUGAAUGUCCAUCAAGUUACACAAGCCUCAUCUGCAUUGUUCUUCCAAUACAACACACAGCUGGGUCCCCCAUACCACAUUUUAAUGGAUACUAAUUUCAUAAACUUUUCAGUUAAAAAUAAGAUGGACAUUGUACAAUCUCUAAUGGACUGCUUGUAUGCCAAGUGUAUACCGUACAUCACAGACUGUGUUAUGGCUGAGCUUGAGAAGCUUGGGCCCAAAUACCGAAUUGCCCUCAAGAUCAUAAAAGACCCAAGAUUUGAAAGACUCUCCUGCAGCCAUAAAGGCACAUAUGCUGAUGAUUGUAUUGUGCAAAGAGUAACUCAGCAUAAGUGCUACAUCGUCGGCACAUGCGAUCGUGACCUGAAACGGCGUAUUAGGAAAAUACCUGGUGUACCACUCAUGUUUCUCUCUCAACAUCGUUACACAGUUGAGCGCAUGCCUGAUGCUUAUGGAGCCCCUAAGUAAUAACCCCUCUUAGAUUUUUGGAACUUGAUAAUAAAACACUGACUCGGUAUUGAA